GGGCCGAGAGAAAGGAAAGGGAGAGGAGAGAAGAAAAGGGAAGGGAGCGGGAGAUAAGAAACAGGAAAGAGAGGGGGAGAGAAAAUGAAGAAAAGAGGAAGCGACGGAGAGAGCGCGAGAGCGAGAGAGAGAGCAGAGAAGAGAGGGAGAAACAGAAGAGAGAAGAAGCGCGA